AUGUCCCGCAAUGCACGCCCAAGCCAGUGGAGACGAGCCACGGUUCCUGACCUCUUUCCCCCGAGGGUGCCAGUUGGCACGCUGCCCCUUGCCGUGCCGUUUGAAAGAGUAGCUAUCUCGUUUCGGUCUGCCUCUCAGCAAUUGGCCCCCACUGAGGACGUGAAGCACCACAACAGCUUUUAUUCAUGCUGGUUACCUAUUCGUAUGUCGAAUCGAGUUGGGGCGCACCUCUCACCAGCCAACCGCAACAGGUUGCCGGUUAUCAACGGUGUAGGCGGAUGCUGGGUAGAUAGCCCUACAUAUCUUGGCCUAUCACAGGAGGAUAGUUUGAUGCCUGAGCUAUGA